AUAGUUGGAGUAGACACUCUUCUGCUUCCUGCCUGCCUGCCUGCCUCGCUCGCUUGCUUGCUCACAGAAAGGGAGAGGGAGAGAGAGACAUCGAGAGAAAAUCCCUGUCUAGGCAUGGACCUCUGGCUGCAGCACUCGGCAGCUCGCGAGGAAUGACAACAGUUCACAUGGUCAUUAACUCCAGUCGCAGGCGCUGAAGGGAACGCUGCACUGUAGCUCCGUGUCACAGAAGCACCGGGUGCCUCCUGUGUUCGGGACAGCAGACAGACAGAGACUCACAGCGGGACCCAGUGAAACCAGAUAUCGGAAAGUGCCUUGGGAGACGACGUUCUCACUUGAAGAUCCCUCGGGGCUCCUGAAGAGCUCCAGAUUCUUCCCCAUCUGCAGUUGUGAUAGGAGUUAAACACCCUUGACCUGCUUUUUUGUCCUCUCCUCUUGUCCUCUGAAGCGGUGGAGCUACUGCACUGCUGGCCGACGUGCCAAAGCUCUGGGGUGGUACAGAAGACUUUAACAGAAAGCCACACAUUUAGUGUCCAUUGCAUCUCAAAAUUGCUCUACUUUUGCUCCCAAACACCCACCGUUGCACAUCAUUAGUCACAUAAAGGUCAGUUUUGGGGACGUUGGUCCUAGCAGUAGAGCUUGUCCCUGAUUAUGCCCCCUCGGCCUUGUCAGAGGUCUGCCCCUGAGACGUACUGAUUGAAGAACAGUUAUCUGUGUGACUGAUAAACUCCCAAGCAGCAGUGCACUCCCAUGCUCCGGGCACAGAGACUUUGCCAGUCCAUUACCUCCACUCUCCUGUCCACAAGGACAAACCUGAUCCGCUGACCUGAAGCAGAUCUUUUAUAGCUGCAUGUUCCAUCAGUUUUAGUCGUUGUGUGUUUCAUUUUUUUUUAACUGGAACAAUCUGAAACGCCUCCUCAGAGGAUCGCCUCCUCUUAAAAACCAAGUGGCCCCGCUCCCCCAAGGCUCCACAGCCAUGGCUCUAAACAUUGCCUCGAUACGGGACACAAAAUGGCUGACCCUGGAAGUGUGCCGGCAGUUUCAGAGAGGGACGUGUUCACGCAGCGAUGAGGAAUGCAAAUUUGCCCACCCACCCAAAAGCUGCCAGGUGGAGAACGGGAGGGUGAUUGCCUGUUUUGACUCGUUAAAGGGCCGCUGCACACGAGAGAACUGCAAAUACCUCCACCCGCCCGCUCACCUGAAGACCCAGCUGGAGAUCAACGGGCGAAAUAACCUGAUCCAGCAGAAGACGGCGGCGGCCAUGUUGGCUCAACAGAUGCAGUUCAUGAUCCCAGGCACUGCCAUGCAGCCCGUGCAGACGUUUCCAGUCAGCCAGGGCCUUGGGUCCAGCGCAGGUUUGAGCUACGCCCCCUACCUGACUCCCAUGUCCCACAGUAUGGGCCUGGUGCCCACAGACAUCCUUCCCAGCAGCCCCUGCAUGGUUCCUGGCAGCCCGCCCAUCUCAGUGAGCGGCGGCUCUUCCUCCAACCAGAAACUGCUGCGCACCGACAAGCUGGAGGUGUGCCGCGAGUUCCAGCGGGGGAACUGUGCCCGCGGCGAAACCGACUGCCGCUUCGCCCACCCGAGCGACAGCCCCAUGAUCGACACCAGCGACAACACGGUCACCGUCUGCAUGGACUACAUCAAGAGUCGCUGCUCCCGCGAGAAGUGCAAGUACUUCCACCCCCCCGCCCACCUGCAGGCCAAGAUAAAGGCCGCCCAGCACCAGGCCAACCAGACAGCUGUGGCCGCGCAAGCCGCCGCCACGGCUGCAGCCAUGACUCAGUCGACUGCCAAAGCAAUGAAGCGACCCCUCGAGGCAACUGUAGACCUGGCGUUCCCCCAUGGCGUCCUCCAGCCCCUACCAAAGAGACAAGCGCUGGAGAAGUGUAACGGCUCGCUGUUCAACCCCAGUGUUUUGCACUACCAGCAGGCUCUGGCCAACGCACAGCUCCAGCAGCCCACUUUCUUUCCCACAGGGUCAGUCUUGUGCAUGACUCCUGCUAGCAGUCUUGUCCCUAUGAUGUACAGUGCUGCGCCUGCUACUGUCUCUGCAGCAACAACUCCUGCCACAAGUGUCCCCUACGCAGCAACAGCACCAGCCAAUCAGAUUAUCCUGAAAUAAUUUUCAGGAAGGGAAUGGAGUGUCACGAAGCUGCACUAGGAAACCCAAAAGAGCCCCCGUGUAAAUACUACCUGACCUCUCCCAUAGAGGUCCAGCAACCUGCAUGCUAAGAGUGUAACACUUCAAUUUAACCGUAAGAACUGCAGUGCCGGUGUAACACACACAUAAAAAAAAAAAAAGAUAUAUAAUGUAUGUAUUGCUAGAAAAAAAAAACUAUUAACUUGAAAAAGUCAAAAAUAUUCUUCUGUAUAGAAACUACAUACAUAGCAGACACACUAUAGAGGUCAUUCUAACAACUGUUCUCCCAAAGUACCGUCAAACCCCUCUCAUAUUUAUUCUAAAACCGCUGCACAAUGUUCAUCCCUUUGGUGAGUAAAGAGGAAAAGAUUUGCACUAUACCAGACAUGUAGUGCUUGAGUGGAAAGCAGGAAGAGUCACAGAAAACACGUGCACAGCCACACCGACGCACCGAGCGGUUUCCGUCUCGCGGGUUCUGCUUUUCUGAAAGUUGAAUGUCCUUGGGGCAGACAGGCUCAUGUUUUGUUAAUGUGACUGUCCCUGCGAGGGUCAUCUGCCCCAGAUGCUGUUACGAUGCCAUGAUGAAGCUCAUCCUCCCCUCCCCACGCCAACUUUUCAUCUCCGGAAAACAUCUUGCCAAAGUUGAAGAGGUCGGUGGAAUCGACCUGCCAGAAAGCAGAGCCACAUCUGAAACACCCUGAUCAUUUUUGUUUCUCUUUUGCCAUUGCGAAAGCUGCUCACGACGCACCCUUUAUUUGUUCCGGUGCUCAGGAGGAGUGGUGGGAUAGAUUGUGCACGGAUUUCUGCAUGCAGUCUGGACUGUGGGAAAGACAGUGUUGACAGUUGUGGCCAUUACCGAUAAAAGCCUAAAGGCUCGGGUCUGUGCCAAGGGCUUCACCAAGCUCGAGGGUUCGUUCCAGACAUACCAAGCCUUGUGUGUGAGUGUGUGUGUGUGUGUGCAUGUGUGUUCGUACCUGGAGACGGAUGGUCUGCCGGCAGACUGGGACUUGAAGCGAGGUCUAGCAGGGGACAGCAGGAGAGGUUUUUGGGGGAGGGUGGGAGAGGGUAUUAAGUGCUUAACUAAAAAACGGUGCAUUUGACGACGCACGUCAAGCAAAAGAUGACUUGAACUACGACUGGAGGGCUAUCUGUGACCGUCGGUUGUCCUGUCCAACCCUACUAUCACCGAUAAUCCUGUUUCCAUUUUAGAAAAAACUGUAGAAGUGCCUAAAAAAUGCUCAUCAACAACACAUUCAUCCAGAGGGAGAAGUCACGACACAGCGGCUGUCAGGAGGACUUUUUCGGGGAAGACAUCACAUUUCAGAUGAAGGUUUACCCCUGGUAACCGUUCAUGAAAUCACAAGUGACUUUAAGGAAACAAAAGAAGUUAAAGAAACGACAAAUCAAAAAUAGCUUUGUAGAAUGUUUGGUGACUUUCUCGGUGUACCAUCGUUUCUUACCAUGGUUUGAGUAGUUUACACGAGGAGUGUGGAAAAAAAUGUAUUGUAAACUGUAAUGUAUGUAAAGUGUCUCUUAUUUUGAGAGUUUAUAUCCAUGGUUCUAGAAAUGUAUUCAAAGUUAUUUAAAGAUUUGUGUUGUGUCUACUAUCAAGGUAUUUUUCAACACCCCCCACCAUCCCCACCUCCACCUCCACCUCCACCCAGAACAAUCAUUCGUUUUUACCCAAAAUUCUAUUAUUUUUAGACCAAACCUCUCAUUAAUAAUGUGCUUUAACUCAAUCUUAUUUCCCAUAUUUCAGAAACUCUGAUGUAAUUUCAUGGUGCUCGAUUAACAUUGACAAUCCACAAUCACACCGUUUUUUAUUUCCUCCACUCUUGAUUGUCUCCACUCUUUGUAUGUAAUAUUUGUGGAAGGUGGUAAAAAGUUUUUAUUUUGUUGUAAUUUAUCUUAUGUUACUCUUGGUCAAAUUUUAGUCAAAAACAAUGUUGUUAACUAUUUUGAAAUGAAUGUAAUUUAUUGAGCUGUGCUGCGUUCUGCACGGUUGAUCAUUUCAAGGUCUAACCUGUGAGGUCAGCCAAUGAGAAGCCGCGAGGGGUGGGGCUUAAAAGUCAACCCACCAAUAGGAAGCUACAGGAUCUUUCUUGCCUUCUCAUCGAUAAAGAGACCACGGGGUUGCAGUAAUGAGCAUAGCUAUAGAGUUGCUUGUGUUGUUGGAAAAAAAAUGUUUAUUGUAUAGAUGACAUUUUACCAAAAAAAGAGAAGAAAAUUUCAAAAAAGAUGUACUUUUCACUCUAGUAUAAUAGUAUUUCAUAACAAUAUUAAGUUGUUGCAAUUACUAAAGUUGGGUAUUUUUGUAAAUGACAUUGUUAAGUUGAUUUUCCUUUUUGCUAGAACACUGUACACACGGUAGAUUGUAAAGAAGAUAUGAACAUUUCUUAUUCUUCACUGAGAUUAUGACCUAAUAUUUUCAUUAGCAAAGGACGGCCUGUAUAGUGCUGUGACUGUAACACUUACAUAGAUUUAAAGUCAUCAAUGUUACAUAGAUUAUAUAUAAAUAUAUAUAUAAGAACUAAAUAAUCUAUAAAUUAAGAUGUACAACUUUUCCCCCGACAAAGGACCCCACGGUUCCACACUGAGAAGACGUUUCAUUUGUGUCGCUAGAGUUAAGGAUUGCACUUUGCAUAUUGUUUAAAGAUGUGAUCUGUUUUUCAUUCCUUUCUAAGGGGUUUAGACAGUCCUUCACUCUGCAGUCGAUCUGUUUAUCAAUCCAAAGCAGAUUCCACCGGUAAAUAACUUUAACUCAACAUGUUGCAUGAGAAACAAUAUUUUCUUUUCUUAAUAAAACGAUUACGUACUGAAUGUUUCUAGUGGAAAAAAAAGAAGUCUGUACACACAAAUGUCCUCAUCUGGUGACCCACAAAGGUAUCCUCUUGAGCUGUAGUGUUUGUUUUUUAUUUGAAAUGUGUUGGCAACGAUUGACUGAUGGAGAAAAGAAAAUGUAAGCACUUUCUGAGCAGUUUGUCAACUGAGCAGACUCCGCUUACCCAAACACUUUGCCUUAUCUUGAGUCCAUCGUGCUUAAGGUUUAUGUUAUAAAGAGCUCUUAUUAAAUUUAUUAAAGGAGACUUGAUCUCCAAAUCCCUUCUCAGUUUCAUUUUUAAUAUCGAAAUCAGACUUGUAAUGUGUGCAUCACAAAGCCAAAAGCAGAGAGUCUUUGGUAUUCUCUCAAAUCUGCAGUGAGAUGUAAUUGGCACCUUUAGCCAGCAGAGGGCGCCACACUGGAGACUGCAGGCUAUACAUUGUGACUUCCAGUGCCAUCCUUUGUUGCAGACUACCCCCCACCCCCCCAAUAAAGUAAAGAUAAAUUGACAAAAAGACCCUCAUCAGAUUUAUAGUUUCAAUGUAAUCAUUUUUAAAUGUAUUCUCUUUUUUUUUUUGCAUUUAUUUUGUGCAACUUAUUGUUUCUAUAGUCAAAUGUUUCUUUGGUUCCAGCAAGAUAGUGUAAAAUCUAUUGAAGAAAGAAAUAAAGAAAAUCAAAGAAA